AUGGGAAACCCACCGAAUGCAAACCUACGAGAACGAAUGCAAAUCGGCAGACAGCUGAAUAGAAAGACUCCACAAUUAGCAGACAGCGACAGAUACAGCGAAGGCCUCAGAGAUUUGGUCUCGUUCUCUCUCAACUCCGACCCCACCACCCGACCUACAAUGGCAGACAUCCUGCAACAUCCUUACAUCGCGGACUCCGAAGAAGAAUACCCGAUAUCAUCACUCAGCGAGCUUGUUCGCAUAUACUAUCAGUGGUCUCAACGCGGCGGUCAAAGAGUCUCGCUUUUCCAUCCUGGUGGUGCUGCUGCUGCGGAGCUACCAGGCGUCGAGUCUGACGCCGACGAGGACUGGAACUUCAGCACUACCGAUGACUUUGAAAGACGGUUUUCCGUGAUCGACCUCGAUCAGCUCGCCGCCUCUCUCGCCGAGUUUGAACAGGAAAUCAACAACACGGGAGGCCAGAGUCAGCAAGACUCGGGCGAGGACCAGUCGGAUACAGAAUCGACGGAACAGGAUAGGGCCAACUUUGCCGAGCGAGUUCGUCGAGGUGCUGAGGCUAUGGAAGGACUCUUUAAUGAGGAAAAGCCCAGCUACAAGUACGAGACGAAGAACGACUUCGUUCCUAUCCAGAAGCCCCCUCCUGUUUCCGAUUUACCUCUUCGAACCGAGACGGACCGUUCCUCGGUCACUUCAACCUUUAUCGACAUAGACAUUGGCUCUUUCGACUCUUCUCACUAUGCUGCAGGUGUUACCACAGCUCAGCCGUUCCAACUCGCAGAUGCAGAUACCAUUCGCGCGAACAGGUCUAGUGGCCGCCAGAACCGCAGCUCCAAUGAAGGCCGCUCGCGCUCCUCGAGCAGCGAAGUGAGCAGUGAUCUCGAUUCGCAAGACCAAGCUUUCCAGCCGCGGACUGGUCCACGUCCACCCACAAUGGACUGGAAAUUUCCAACAUUCAUGCAACCUAUGGAGGAAGCAGAUCAGGAGACGGACUCCGGCGCCGAAGCGGAAUAUGAAACCGAGCCUGAACAGCAUGACCGUCCCCGCGAUUCACGCUCACUUGUGAUUGAUCAGGCUGAAAAGCGUGCCACGAUGGAGUGGACAUUCCCAGUCAUGACCUCGUCCGCCGACAGUGAAGACGAUAGUGCCAGCGAGAUUAGUCCUUCGACUGGAGGCAGCCGCCACGAUACACUCAAAGCGAUCAGUACGGCGCGUCAGCACGAUGAACCUGAAGACUCGAGACCGUCCACUUCUGCAUCCGCACAGUCAAGCAUCUCUGCAAGCUCCGACACAGACUACGACCCCUUCCGCUUCGACCGGCUCCCCUCACCGUCAGACGACAUGCCCACCCCACAACAAGAAUUCAAAGACCACGACGACUACCCCGUACACCGAUCCUCCGUCAGCUACAACGACUACCCCCGCUCCUCAGUCAUUGAGGGUCCGGGCCCGGACGAGGAAGACACAGAUGCAGACACAGAGGCAGAACCCGCUCCGUCAUGGCAAAACAACAACGCCGCCACCGCUCAAGCCCCAGGCUCAAUCCCACCCCCAAUAUCCAUCCCAGGCCCAGGGCCCGUCCCAGGACAAGCACCUUACACUGAACCCUUCCCCACCGCAAUCCCAUCAAAGGACGUUCCCGUCCCGCAUCCUCUCCGCCCCUUCCCAUCCGCAGACGGAUCACCCAUGUCAGAACCCCUCCAUACAGCGCGCUAUGAUCCACACCAUACUAUUACCUCCACUGCGACUACACUCGCAGCAUCAGAGCAGGCGGAUCCUACGCAAAUGCCCAUUCACUUCCCAGACAUCAUUCCCCCGCGUCUUGACGUGCUCACGGACGGUGCGAGCGAGGCAGCUGUCACAGCCGAGCUGGAUAGGCUACUUGGAGACUUUUUAGAUGCGCUUUCGGCUACCGGCGAGGCGCUUGCAAGGACGAGGAUCUCGCCGCUAGGGAGAAGUGAGAGGGAUCCGUUGGCGGAGAGGUCGGAGUGA